AUCACACUCAACACCUGCCUGCCACUGCGAGAGCGAGAGCGAGAGCAAGAGUGAGCGUACGUACGUACGACGACGGCCAUGGCGAUGAGGAAGGAGGUCCUCCUGGCGGCCAUGAUGCUGGCGCUGCUGGUGGCGGCGCCGGGCGGGGCGCUUGCGGCGUGCGAGGUGGGGCAGCUGACGGUGUGCAUGCCGGCGAUCACCACCGGCGCCAAGCCGAGCGGCGCAUGCUGCGCCAACCUGCGAGCGCAGCAGGCGUGCUUCUGCCAGUACGCCAAGGACCCCUCCCUCGGCGCCUACAUCAGGAGCCCCCACGCGCGCGACACCCUCGUCUCCUGCAGCCUCGCCGUCCCCCACUGCUAGGCCGGCGCCGGCCCCUAGCCAGCGAGUAUGGCUCAGCUAUAGGUAGGCUACCUCCGUCCAUGAGAGAUGAUGAGAGACGAGUAUAGCUUAGCCUAGCUGAGACCUGAGAGAGUGCAUGCAUGCUGCUGUUCGAUUGAUGAUGCUGCAAUAAAAUGAUUGAAAAAAAUGAUCUACGGCGGCCAGGCUGCUUGCUGUUCCUGGCUGCUG